GAACCAACUGAUGCAGAAUCUAUUCAAAAUUGGUUAGACGAAGAAAAGCGAAAAGAAAAGGCUGCAAUUGAUGUUGCACUAGAUAAAAACACACCACCACAGACACUUGGUGGUUACAUGUUAAAGAAAGACAACAUUCAAAGACAAGAACGUGCAUUGAGUGUUGCCAGAGAACAAGCACAAGAAGAGAAGAAAAUAGUUGAAGGAGAAGCUUCAAAUAGAGGUGGUCCAGGAACUUACCAAGGAUCAAACUAUCCAGCAGAGAAAGCCUCGAGUGAUAAUGUUGUCUCAAGAGCUACUGAUUUAGUUAUCCAUGGUAUUCUAACUGGUGCAACAACUGUUGGUAGUGCUAUUGGAACCGGUGUUAACACUGUUGUUGAUACUGUAAGAACUGUUACAAAUCCUACACCUGAAGAUAGGAAGGAAGAAUUUCUUACUCUUAAUACAAAGGCAAAACCAGGGAUAUGGAUUGGUCGUGGAAUUUUAAAUGCUGGUAGUGCUAUUGGCAAUGGUGCUUCAGCGGUAGGGGGAUGGCUCGGAAGAACAGCAACAUCAACCGCAAAUGGAAUACUAACAGGUGCCAAAUCACUUGGUAAUUGA